AGGUUCGCCGGAAAUGGCUUUUAUACAUGCUUUGGCUGCUGCCACUGUUACUAGUUUCAUAGCUCGUGCCUGUCGUGAUGGUCAGUUGGCAUCGUGUGGUUGUUCAAGUGGUUCAAGACCAAAACAACUGCACGAUGAUUGGACCUGGGGUGGUUGUGGUGAUAAUUUGGAAUAUGCAUACAAAUUUGCUACAGAUUUUAUUGACAUACGAGAAAAGGAAACUAGACGUGGUACACGUGGUGCUGGCAAUCCAGAAAAACGUGGCAGACAACAACGUUUACAACAAAGGCGACAACAGCAGCAGCAACAGCAACAGCUUUUACAGCAGCAAAUGUUGGCAGAUGAUGCUUCAGUUUCUAUGACCUCUUUACAAAAGAAUGAAACCGUGACAACAACUAAACAACAGCAGCAGCAACAACAAAAUCAAAAUUCCAACAAUGACAAUAAAACUAGCAAUGGAACAUUGUCAUCAUCAUCAUCAUCUUUAGCCUCAGAUGUACUUAAGUCAAGUGACUUUAAAUCUUUUGAAAAUUCCAAUAAAAAUGUCAGCACAAAUGCAACAACAACAACACAAACAGUUUCGGGAAUGAGUAACAAUAGUAAUGGUCCUAAUAAAAUUGACAUGACACCAAAUUUAGCUGGCAACGAUAUGACACACUCUUCUUCCUCAUCAGCACAACAAAUCAAACAACAACAUCAGCAGCAACAGCAAUUGCCAUCAACAACACGUUCAUCUUCAGUAGCACCUCCUCGACAAGAGGAAUCAUCUGAAGAGGACAGCGGUGGUGGUGUUCGCAUUAAACCAGAAGAUUUAUUAGAAUUACAAGAACGUAUAACAAAGGAAAUACUCAAUUCGAAAUUACAGGAAAAGGAAAUGCUUGAAUUACAGGAAAAAAUCAAUCGUGAAAUUUUAAAUUCCAAAGUUUUCAAUAUGGAUGCUAAUAAUGGCGGCAGUGGUAAACGUAAAAAGAAACGUAAAAAUCAACGUGCUGUCAAUGGUAUGUUGGCCGAUGUCGGUAGUUAUUCCAAUAAUCCAAGUGCACCGGGUGUUAGUGGCAGUAGCAGCAGCAAUAGCAAUGGUGGCGGUGGUGGUGGUAAAUGGAAAAAUAGCAUUUCAGCUAAAGCAAGAAGUUUAAUGAAUUUACACAACAAUGAAGCCGGCAGGAGGGCUGUGAUUAAGAAAACCCGUAUUACAUGCAAGUGUCAUGGUGUUUCUGGUUCAUGCAGUUUAAUAACCUGUUGGCAACAGUUGUCAUCGAUAAGAGAAAUUGGUGACUAUUUACGAGAAAAAUACGAAGAAUCCACAGAGGUGAAGUUGAAUAAACGUGGACGUUUGCAAGUAAAAGAUCCACAAUUCAAAGUACCCACAGCCCAUGAUUUAGUGUAUUUGGAUGAAAGUCCCGACUGGUGUCGAAAUAAUAAACAACUGCAAUGGCCAGGUACUCAUGGCCGUGUGUGUAAUAAAACCUCGAAUGGUUUAGAUGGCUGUGGCAUACUCUGCUGUGGCCGAGGUUAUAAUACCAAAAAUAUUGUGGUGCGAGAACGUUGCAAUUGCAAGUUCCAUUGGUGUUGCCAGGUUAAAUGUGAUGUCUGUGUUAAGAUUAUAGAGGAGCAUACCUGUAAAUAAUUUUCAAUACCCUUACAUCGGGCAUUUACAGCAGACAAAUUGUGUUGUAGAAUUAGGUUUUUGAUUUCACAACUUUAAUGAAAUAUCCUGUAAAUGAUGUCUUUUUCUUUUCGUAUUCUCGUAUUAAAUUAAAAUGUAAUUUUAAAUUAAAAUUAACAUUUAACAAAAAAAAAAACAA